UUUACUGAUUAUGGAGUUAUUAUAGCCUAAAACAUGCAUAUCUUUUGGAAUACCUCAAGAAAAACACAGCAUCCUUUGCAUGGGAUGCUGAUUGCGGCGGUAUUUUCCAUCCUCUGGCGGUUCAUUUUGGCCUCAGGAUCGCGCGGCUAUUUCAACAAAACAUCUGCCAUCUUGAAAACAGUCAUCGACUUGCGUCAUCAAACAGUGUUCGGCAUACGAACUUGCUCAUUGGGACAAAUAAUUUAUCAAAAAGGGACUUCGGGGGACUAUUUUAAUGUUUCUUUAUCAAGUACGGGUUCAUUAGAAAUUAGGUGGAGUGUCAAUGGGACAGUCGAUGGCGACACCAUCGGGAGCAACAUUAACCAAAAUUCUUGGAUCACGGUUGAUAUCAAAUUUGAUUUAGGAAAGGUGAAGGUGUCUGUAGAAGAAGGUGCUACUGUCAAGUUUUUACAUGUGAUAUCAAACAGUAGCGCCACAUAUCGGCGAUAUUUAUGGGAUAUUUCAUUAAGUGGAGGAGAUUUAGUCGUCGGAGGUGACAUAGUUGCAUGUAUUUCUGAGGGGAGUACGAUAGAGUUGAGUCAGGCGGUGUCGGAUACAGGUGUAGUCUGGAAUUCUUGUCCUUUAGAUAGCGAGUCAGGUUGUGGAACAGAUGACAUCAACGAUUGUUGGAAUUAUCCUUGUAAAAACGGCGGCACGUGUAAAGAUGGUUUUAAAUCUUAUACCUGCGAUUGUGCCACAGGAUAUGGUGGAUCUGAUUGUCAAACGUUUUUUGGUUCCAUCGGCUGUUCAUUGGAUCCUUGUAAAUACAACUCUACUUGUCAGAACGUGACAACGACUCAUUUAGGUUAUGAGUGCAUUUGCCUUGAUGGAUAUGUAGGCGUCAACUGUGAGAUUGACAUCAACGAGUGUUCAUCAUCGCCAUGUAAAAAUAAUGGCUUCUGUACAGAUGCUGUCAAUUCCUAUAGGUGCAAUUGUUCUGGUACAGGUUACCAAGGGAGCCAGUGUACCAAUGACAUUGAUGAGUGCACCACCCUUUCCCCCUGUGUGAAUGGAUCCUGUAGUAACACGUUUGGAAGUUAUAAAUGUUCAUGCACUAAUGGAUAUGGUGGAAAGAACUGUGAUGCUGAGGUGAAUGAGUGUUUAUCGAAUCCCUGCCAGAAUGGUGGCCAAUGCCAUGACUAUCUUGCCUACUAUAACUGCUCAUGCCCGGUGGGGUAUACCGGUAUCCACUGUGAAGACAACGUCAAUGACUGUCUGGGCGUACAGUGUUCGGCGAAUCGGGAAUGCAAAGACGGGCUGAACAUGUUUACCUGUGAUUGUAAGGCAGGUUAUACAGGCACUUCAAAUACAACAGAUCCCUGUGUUGAGACGGACGAAUGUCUAAGCAGCCCAUGUCAAAACAACGCCACCUGUAAAAAUCUAGUCAAUGCAUUUGAAUGUUCCUGUGUUGCGGGCUUCAUAGGGACGUUUUGUGAGACGGACAUUGAUGAAUGCUCAGGACAUCCCUGUCUGAAUGGAAAAUGCCAUGAUAAAGUGAACCACUACAGGUGUGAGUGUUAUGCUGGCUGGACCGGUGACAACUGCACUGAGAACAUAGAUGAGUGUCAUCCUGACCCCUGUAUAAAUGGGGCAAAGUGUAACGAUCAGAUUAACGGAUACAACUGCACCUGUACCCAAGGUUGGACAGGGGAAAACUGUACCGAGGAUAUCUUGGAGUGUAAUUCGAAUCCGUGCCAGAACGGGGGAAAGUGUAACGAACUGACCAAUGGCUACAACUGCUCCUGUGUCCUCGGAUUCAAUGGUACACAUUGUGAGGUCAAUAUCGAUGAUUGUCUGUCAGCGCCAUGCUGGAACGGAGGGGCUUGUAUUGAUGGUAUAAAUGGAUAUACUUGUAACUGCACGUCCGAGUAUAUGGGGACAAAUUGUACAGAAAAAUACAACGCAUGUUCCUUUGCGCCGUGCAUGAAUGGGGCGACUUGUCACACCACCAUCGGACAACGUGACCACAACUGCACGUGCAUUCUCGGAUAUGAUGGCAAAAAUUGCAAGAAUAAUAUCGAUGAUUGCAUGAAUGUGACGUGUCCGUAUAGCAAUGUGUGUUACGAUGGUGUAAACAACUAUACUUGUGCAUGUCCGACAGGUUUUGCUGGAGUCAACUGUACAGACAAUAUCAACGAAUGUGCCGCGAAGCCGUGUAAAAAUGGCGGCGAGUGCAAGGACGGCAUCGGGAACUACACGUGCGUGUGUCCACAAAGAACAGUCGACUUGACAGAGUAUGGUGGAUCUAGAUACGUAGUCGGUUAUAAUGGCACCAACUGUGAGAAUACUAUCGAUGCAUGUGAUCUUGAAAUAUGCCUGAAUGGAAAUACUUGUGUAUUGGCCCAAAGUCCUUUAUAUUAUCGGUGUCAAUGUGAUAAUGCUACUGCUAUUCUUGCGGGAUACGUAUUUACAGGUUUCAACUGUGAGGUAAUGAUGAGCUACUGUGAUAUGAAACCCGCAACUGGCACAUUACCGAAGUGUAAGAAUGGGGGGACCUGCGCACCUAGUUUUAGUGGUAUUGGAGGCAUCAACUGCACUUGUGCAUCAGGAUUUACAGGUCCAACUUGUGAAAUCGACAUUGAUGAAUGUGCAUCCAAUCCAUGCCAGUAUAAUGGGAAGUGUACUGAUAAGGUGAACGGCUAUGUGUGUGAAUGCUUGCCGGGUCUCAAUGGUACUAACUGUGAGAUCAACAUCGAUGAGUGCCUGUCUAAUCCGUGUCAACAUGGAUCGUGUUUGGACAAGAUAAACAGUUACGAAUGCAAUUGUACAGACACUGGCUUCAAUGGUACACACUGUGAGUUGAACAUCGAUGAUUGUGUGGGCAGCCCUUGCCAGAAUGGAGGAGUUUGUAACGAUCUCAUCAAGGAUUAUAACUGUUCCUGUUUUGCUGGUUACGCUGGCAAGAACUGUGAAACUGACAUAGACGAAUGCCUGUCGACCCCUUGUCAAUACAACGGUACCUGCCUCCAGAAGUCUAACCAGACCUUGUACAAUCAAGUCCCCAAACUCCCAGGAUUUGAGGCUGCGUUCAACUAUUCAACUGCUGAUGGCUAUGUAUGUCAAUGUCUUCCUGGAUUUAAAGGUGUUGAAUGUGAAAUCAACAUAGAUGAAUGUGACCCAGACCCCUGUGUCAAUGGCAACUGUACGGAUGGCUACAACAAGUAUACCUGCAACUGUCUCCCUGGAUACCGAGGCGUCAACUGUAGCAUCGACAUCGAUGAAUGUUCUGAACCUGCCGACCCGUGCCAGUUUGGCAGUACCUGCACGCAAAAAGUUGCCGAUUAUGAUUGUGCUUGUCCGAGUGAGUUUCAGGGGAAGAAAUAUGGAGGGAAGAAUUGUACGACGGAGUUGACAGGUUGUGUGAAUAACGGAUGUAAAAAUGGUGCGGCGUGUGUCCCGUUCUUGGUCAAUGAGGCUCAAGGUGUUCAUAAUUAUACAUGUACCUGUACAGUGGGAUGGGCUGGUCAUUAUUGUGAUGUCACAACUGUUGCUUCGUUCAACGGCACAACACAUUGGCCUGUGUUGAACAAGAACCAAGAUUCUGCGAGUGUUGAGAUAGGUUUUAGGACGACGUUACAAAAUGGCAUCCUUGCUUUCAGCGGUGACCCGAAAAAUAUUUCGGAUAGUUUCUACACCCUAGAACUCUCUCAAAUGAAAGUUACGCUGAGCUAUAAAAUGCCAGGGAAAGAAAAGGAGCAGAUUAUAAUAGACACUGCUGUAAAUGAUGCAGCGUGGCACCAUGUGAAACUUGUUAUUCUGAACACAUCCUUGUCUUUGACUUUGGAAAAUUGUGGUGUAACGAACUGUACAGAAGAAAGGGCACUCACAGCACCACUUGUGUUGGGUGGGACGACGUCAUUAGGUCAGAUAGCUGCACCAGAUCUCAAAACAUUCAGCCAGAUCUCUUCCUCUGUGUCUAACUUCAUCGGCUGUACCCGCGAUAUCAUUGUGGAUAGUACAAAAUUGGUGCCAUCUGAGUAUGUUGCAAAGGUGGAUCAUCUGAUUGAGGGUUGUCCCAGAACGGAAGUGUGCAUCCCCGACCCUUGCAACGCCCGUGGAGACUGUAUUGAUGAGUGGAUUGAACCAAGGUGUAGCUGUCGCCGCCCUUAUUUCGGAGUGAAAUGUGAAAAUGUUCUUCCGGCUUCGACCUUUGGCCUCGGUCAGAAAAAGAGCUUUGCAUGGUUCGUCAUCGCCCAAGACAAGGCAAAACUCAUGGAAAUCCACACAGAAAUUUCGUUGUUCAUUCGAACGCGUAACACUGCUGGUUUUGUCAUUUAUGUUGGUGGUGAUACUUCUGCAACAAACGUCAACACAUUCAUCUCUUUGGAGAUAGUCAGCGGUAAGAUAUCCGUCCGAACAAAACUUGCUGCAGACGUUGAGGUUACCAAUGGGAACAGAUACGUCAGCGAUGGCCAGCAGUAUAAAUUAGAUUUGACACGCGAUGGCUGCCAGUUGACUGUGACCCUGCAAUUCGGCUCAGCUGCAGCUUUUAAAGACAUUGAUAUGACGCUCUCAAAGUGCACCAGCACGCAGGUGUUAACGGUCAAGAAUGUCUACAUGGGUAGCCUGCCUGGUUGGACCACAUCACGGCGGAGGAAACGUGCAGUUGAUAUAAAUGGCUCCAGUUCGCAGACACCAUUUGUUGGAACUCUCCAAGAUGCCCGUCUUGGCACCUACUCUCUGCAGCUCUUUCCACCUUCCGGAACUGGUCAGACUCCCUCGGUGAUCGCAGCGGCCAGAAAGACGAACAUCGCAGAAGGCGAGAAGACAGAAGAUAUGUGUAAACUCCUUAGCAACCCUUGCGAGUACAAUGGCACUUGUCAGAACAUGUUCUACAAUGAUUACAAUUGUACGUGCGUAACUGGUUAUACCGGGAAGAACUGCAGUAACAUCGACUACUGUCUCUACUCAACCUGUCCAGGGGGUGCCUCCUGUCGCGAUAAACCAAAUGGAUAUGAAUGUAUAUCCCCAGCCACAUUUAACGGUGAAUCCUCACAGAUAGACUACAAUCUCACACUGAACGCUACCGAUAUGGUCUUGGAGUCGAUAUCUCUUAAAGUACGAACACGCAAAACGAGUGGUAUAAUCCUGGAUACCACAGAUGGAAAAUUCCGCCUGUCCCUCAACAAUGGGAAAGUGAAGUUUGAGAUGAAGGGGCCUACAGGGCAGACCGGGAGUGCCCAGUAUAUUCUUAAGUCCAAACAAACCGUCAAUGAUGGCUCUUACCAUAACAUUACCAUCAAAAUAAUUGCGACGAGUAUAGAUCUUGAUGUUGAUAGCACAAUUGCGACAAAAACUGGAGAGAACUAUACUGUUUCUAUACCGAAUGGUUACAGCGGUUUGAGUGUUGGGGGUGUCUCCGCGAGCGCUCCUUUUAAAGGUUGCUUAGAUGAUGUCAACGUUAACGGUUACAAUCUUCCAGUAUUUAAGGAUGCGGAACUAGUAAACGAUACAAGAUUGGAUAAGUUUUCGGCCCAGGUGAUUAAGAAUAUUACAAUUGGCUGUGAGGGGGAUCCAGUUUGUGCCACUAAUGAUUGUAAAAACAACGCCACUUGUCAGGAUAUUUGGAAUGACUAUACGUGCAAGUGCGUGUUGGGAUUCAAUGGGACGAAGUGCGAGAAUAAUAUCCCGGACUGUCCGAAGAGUAACUGCAGUCAGCCAGGAACGAAACGUUGCGUUGAUGGCAUCAACAGUUUCUCUUGUGAUUGUAAACCAGGAUACAGAGGAACGUGGUGUGAGACUGAUAUCGACGAAUGUGCCGUUGACCCUUGCAUAAAUAACGGUACUUGCACUGACAAGAUCAACGAUUUUAGUUGCAACUGUACGGCAAACUUUACCGGGAAGACAUGUGAUGUUCCGAUUGGCCGCUCCUGUAAAGAAAAUCCAUGUGUGAAUGGGUCCUGUACAGAUGUCAAUGUCACAACGUCAGCCGGGAAAGAGUAUUCCAGCUUCAACUGUUCAUGUUACCCAGGGUACGAGGGCAGGGUGUGCGAUACCCUCAUCAACUACUGCAAGGUGGAUCCGUGCAAGAACAAGGCAGUAUGCAAGAAUGACUACAUCAAGUAUGACUGGAGCUGUCAAUGUGUACCGGGUUAUGAGGGUAAAGACUGUGGGACUGAGACCAAUGAGUGUGCCCCCAAACCCUGCCUACAUGGGACAUGUAAAGACCUCUUCAAUGACUACAACUGUACCUGUGAGCAAGGUUGGGAAGGGAAGAACUGCUCUACAGAUAUAAAGGAGUGUAGCCAAGUGCCCCCGAUCUGUCAGAAUAGCGGGAAGUGUAUAGAACAGGCGGGAAGUUACAAUUGUGACUGUGCUGGUACUGGCUAUAGUGGAAAUAACUGUCAAAGUGAGAUUGACGAAUGCGGCUUCAAUCAACCAAUUUGUCAGAACAGCGCCACCUGUAAGAACGAGCCUCUCGGUUCCUACACCUGUUCCUGUACCCUCGGAUACAAAGACAAGAACUGUAGCACAGCGAAUUGUAGUGCUGUUAAUUGUCAGAACAGCGGUAACUGCUCGGUAAAGACUGAUGGCCAGUGGAUGUGCCAAUGCCCAAAAUUCUAUGAAGGAAACCUCUGUCAGACAAAGGGACCCUGUGCUGAUGCUCCAUGCAAUAAUUCUGCCGUCUGCUCCCAGGAUAUUGCAACAAUGAACUACACAUGUCAGUGCACAAAAGGCUGGCAAGGCACUAACUGCGACCAAGACAUCAACGAAUGUGACGCCAACCCCUGCAAGAACGGAAACUGUACCAACUUUGACGGCGGCUAUAACUGUACCUGUAACCCAGGUUACGAGGGCUUCAACUGCAGCGUUGACAUCAACGAGUGCGCAGACAAGCCAUGUAAGAAUGGUGGCGUAUGCAGUGACCAAGUUAACAAGUACCAGUGUAAUUGUGCCGGAACAGGUUUCGAGGGCAUCAACUGCACAGUGAACAUCGACGAAUGCACGGUAAACCAACCUUGUCUGAAUGGCGGAACUUGUAAAGACACCAUUGGAUCAUAUACAUGUACUUGUCUCGAUCCAUAUGUCGGCAAGACUUGCCAUUCCGAGAAUCCGUGUAACAAAACCAUUUGUCAAAAUGGCGGCACCUGUGGAUAUAACAUCAGUGAGGCUGAUCAAAAAGCUGUGGGAUUCUGCACCUGCCUUAGCGGUUUCAGCGGAGCCAUCUGCGAGAAAGCAGCCAGUUCACAGCUCAAUCUCGUCAUCAUCAUAGCCCCAAUAGCAGCGCUAGUGGUUCUCAUUAUUCUAAUAGUGAUAAUCGUAUUCGUCAUGACUGCAAGAAAGAAGAGAGCAACACGAGGAACAUACAGUCCAAGUCGACAGGAAUUGGAAGGGUCAAGGGUCGAAAUGGGAAAUGUCCUGAAACAACCCCCAGAGGAGCGAUUGAUAUGAGGAGGUGUGGCAGUCUUUUAGGGAAAAAUAAAAGUUGUGGUCUCCAUGUGGCUCAGUGCAAUUUGGAUCAUCGUCUUGAGUGGAUAUGAAAUCAUUUGGCUUGUUCGGAAAAACUCACCACAGCGAUUCCAUGGUGUGGUAUCAAUGAUGCAGCGUCAUAUCACAUAUAUUGGUCAUCCAUAUAGGCCUUAAUCAAACUCCACUGGCAGUCCAUGGUCGGUGUUUGAAAGGAAAAGUAACACCGGCUGCCCUGUGUCGUUUGCAACAGUGAGAGUUUCGCUGAGAUAGGGAACGACUCCGCGAAAUCAUAAAUAGGGAAUAGCCUGCCUUGACGGCACGAUUAUAGGAAUGAUCUCAGCAAAUGGUGCCUUAAAAUGAUUGAAUCUGUGAGGGGUUUGUUUUGCGAGAGGUCUGUGUCAUGGUUCCUUUGAGAUGGCAGAGGCAUGGUUCCUUUAAGAUAGCAGAGGCUUGAGUGUCUAUAGUGCCAUUGUGCCAUCAACUUAUCUCAAUUCAUUUUGGAGCAUUGAGAAUGAAAGAGGUAGCAUAAGUGAGUGUUAGACUUAGUAAGAUAAAUAAAUGUAGGAUAGGGCAGCAUGCGUGAGUGCAAUUUUAGUUGUACGUUUUUUCGAGCCCUAUUCUGGAGUGCUGCACUCGUUAACUUUUCGCUUUACUGAUGAUACCCAAUCCCCAUGUCCAGUCAAUUUUGACGAAUCCUAGAAGUCUGGUGCUAAGGAGAACACUUGUGGUUUGAAAUUCUUUAGCAGGGGCAUAUCUUUCAUUAGGCCUCUGAUUACAACAGAAUUUGGUUUAAAAUCAAGGUUGCGUGUUUUGAACACAUGGUACAUGAUUUUAUAGUUUUAAUCAGACAGUAUUAAUGUAUAUAUAUUUUAUUUGUAUUUAUUUGAUGAGAAGUAGUGUGAGGCAUUUUGGGAUACAACCUGAGUAGUCUAUUCACCAGUAGCCGUCGUUAAAAGCAGCUAGAGGAAUUGCCAGAUCGUACGGUAAGUUUGAUGUUCUGUUAAGACCAUUAAGAAGGGAAAGAUCAGUCUUGCAUAGGCAUCUCGGGAGGGGGGGGUUAACUGUCUUCGGUUUAUAGAUGUUGAUGUGAAAAUCAGGGAGAGUUGUCAUGGCAACAGUAUCAAAAGUGCAAUCAAAGAAAUGUUGCUAACAACCUUGUUCUGCUUCACAUGUAUAGACUAUGUUGCGGUGGCAGCACCUGUCUGUUAAGGAUGAUGCCAGCACAAAAAGUUAUUCAUCUAACCCACCGAUAAUAUCAUUCAGGUUUAACAAUAUUUUAGUCAACAAAUGUAUCAUUGACAUAUUUAUAGCCAAAAUAUGAAAGUUAAAGCAGCUUGCCUUAUUCAUUUCUGAAAAAACAAAAUAUCACUCGGUAUGGCAAUGCAAUUCAAUGCAUUUUCCAGUUUUCAACAAAUUAUUUGUAUUUUGCUCUUGGGCAAAAUGUGCUUCAGUGUGUAGGAGGUUCUCCAACGUGUAUCAAUACAUGUAUGUAUGUGCUCAGGUAGACUAAUGCUUUGUUGAGGUUUUAUAGUGGGUUUGACAGAGGGGUUGUAUUAGAAAAUAUUGGCCUAGAUGAAAUGGUGAAGUUAAACUAUUAGGUAUGGUCGGUUGUCUUUGCUUAUGUCUUGGGUGGGAAUGCGUGAUACACAUUUUAGGCGUGGAAAUGUUUUUUGUGCUUAUUCUCUGCACAUAAUUCAGUCUUAGUUGAGUUGCAUUUAUACAUAUAUGGCAUGAUGACAUUGUGUGUCUGUAAAUAGUGUAUUUUUGAAAGUCUUGUACAAUGUACAUAAUGUACUUAGCUUAUGAAAAGGAAUGUAGUCUAAUUUUAUUAACAAAUAUUGUUGUGUGCCUUGACUAGUGAUCAUGACCAAAGGAUAUGAGAUGAAACAUGUAAAGUUGGUUCAUGUGAAGUCCUGAAUGGGAUCAACAGCAAAUCGUCGCUGGCUGGUAACACUAAUCGCUGUUGAUCAUGCAGGUAGCAGAUCAAAACGUCCACUUACUGUCCAGUCUUACUCAUAUCAGUUCGCGGUCCAGUUUGGCUAAUUCAUACUUUGGACCCUGUGAUGGAAGAAAACCUAAUCGUCCAAUUCGGUACAUAUCUGUCCAGUUUGAAAACAUAUCAGUUGUCAGUCUAGUUUAACAGAAUCCCGGUAUACUAUUCAGUCCGUAUCAGAUGCAAGCAAAUGUAAACGUCCAAUUCAGUACAUAUCUAUCGAGUCCAGUCUGAAAACAUAUCAAUUCUCGGUCUAUUUAUCACUCGCCCUUUUUGGACCGCUCUACAAAGUUUGGUCCGUUCUAGGUGUCUGUUUGUUUUUGAGUUGAAAUAUAUCAGCACUCUUACGUACAUAUCAUCAGGUUUUGGUGAAGACAGUUCUUAAUUCAUUCAUCCAAUAUGUUAAAAUGAGUUGGCAAUAGUCUGAUUACAUGCUGCUUACAUGUAAACAAACAUAUCAGUUCAGAAUCACACAAUAUCUGCAGAGUCUAGUUCCUCGUGUGAGUCUAGUUCUGUUAUUCCCAAUACACAUUGAAUCCAGCCAAAGAAGUUUUUUGAUUAAUUUCAUUGGAAGAUUUUGAGAUAAACUUGUAAUUUGAACCGUCCUAGGGUGGGAUUUUUCUUCAGGUUUAGUUCUUGAAUUCAAUAUUCAGUAUUCCCUAAUGCAGUUUGUUCAAAACUUUCGCCCUGUUAAUGUAAAUAUAAUUGCCAAAGCUUCAAUGCCCAUAAAGCAUAUUUUUUUCUGGUAAUGGUUAGUUCAAGAAUUCCAUCCAAAUCAUUGAUCAACUUUUCAUGGGGUGAUAAAAGGUUUCGUUGUUUUUAUUGAAAAUGAAUGUCCCUGAAUGGUUUUGAUAAAUGCGUCAUGCAAUCACAGGUUAUAAAGAACAGAAGGUUUUUCUCCGUGAACAGUUGAUCAAUACUUGACGAUUCCAUCCAAAGCCCACAUCGGUAUGAUCCAUCCAGGUGUAAUUAGCGUCUAUCAAGUAUCAUACCAUUCCAAUAUUUAAAUGCUUAUCCAUCCACAGAAACGAUAUAUUAGGCCAGCAUUGCUGUACAUGCUCUAGCUUUCUUGUUCAGAUUGUCAGAGGAUCGAUUAUUUUGUACACUUCUUGUCUGAGACUCACUUUCAGGCUUGGUAAAAAUAAACCGCUUGUUCUAUUUAUGCUUAUUUAUGAGUAGUUUCAGCUGUACCAAAUAUGUAAGAAGCUUUCUUUGGUUAUUUUGAAAGCAGUAGAAUAUGGGAUUGGGACAAGGGGGGGUUAUGAAGUGAUCAUCUUUUUUCAGUAGGAAAAGGGUAUGUUCAGAAACUGACAGUGAGUCUGCUGUCAGUUUCUUGAUGUUCCAUUGAUAUGUAGUGAUCACAUUUCAUCUGAGGGAAUGAUACUAAAUUAUUAUCAAUGCCUUGUCUUAACCUUAUUUAAAUAACAUCAAAGAAACGAUGUGACCCCAUUUGUUAUGGUCACAAAUCAGAAAAUGUAUAUUUGUAAUCACAAAAUGGUAUGCAAUAAAAAACUUCCAUUUCA